AUGAGACUUCAUGGGCUUGACAGAUUUGCCAGUAUCCGAGUUCCAGGCAGCAAACGGAGCAGACCAGUUCUCCCAAAUGUCAGGCAAGCACAUCUUUCGAGUCGUGGCUGGUCUGCACAAUCAGCAGAAUAUGAAUAUCCCUCUAAGCAGCUCCCAGAGAAGGAAGUUAUUUCACUCUUUGAAAAGAUGAUGGAAGAUAUGAACUUAAAUGAAGAACGAAAGGCUCCACUACGUGAGAAGGACUUGAGUAUUAAAAGAGAAAUGGUUGUGCAAUAUAUUGACGCAACUUCUAAUAUUGGCUGUUUGAAGAACAGACAAUACGCUGCAACCUUACCCCAUGAAUUCAUCCAUGAAUUAAAAUCUGGUGUUGCAGAUGAAAGACUUUGCAGUUUUCUGGAAUCCCUCCGUGUAUCUUUGACUAGCAAUCCUAUCAGUUGGGUUGGAAGCUUUGGAAUUGAAGGUUUAAAGCAGCUUUUGGAUGUCUUGGAGAAAUUACUCAAUAAAAGUCAAGAACAAAAUGACCGCAAAAGUCAACAUAAAGUGAUUCAGUGUUUGAGAGCAUUCAUGAACAACAAGUAUGGAUUGGAGAGAAUCCUGGAAGAAGAACAAAGUAUAUUCUUGCUGGCCAGAGCUGUUGAUCCUAGGCAGCCUACCAUGAUGACAGAUGCAAUCAAGCUUUUAUCAGCAAUUUGUAUUGUUGGAGAAGAAAAUAUCCUUGAAAACAUUUUGGAAGCCAUAACUACAGCAGGGGAAUUAAGAAAAUGGGCAAGAUUCUACCCCAUUGUGGAAGGUCUACGUGACACCUCUGUUCAAUUAAAGGUGGCUUGUAUGCAGCUAAUUAAUGCACUUGUGACCACUCCUGAUGAUUUAGACUUGAGAAUACACUUACGGAAUGAGUUUGUGCGUUGUGGAUUGAGAGAGAUACUGCCGGAGUUGAGAUUAAUUGAAAAUGAUGCAUUGGACAUCCAGCUAAAAGUAUUUGAUGAGCAUAAAGAAGAAGAUAUGAUUGAGCUUUCACAUCGCUUGGAUGAUGUUCGAUCUGAACUAGAUGAAAUUAAUGAUGUUUAUAACAUGCUAUUCAACACAGUGAAGGACACAGCAGCUGAAAGUCAUUUUCUUUCUAUUCUUCAACACAUGUUGUUGAUCACGAAUGAUUAUUUUGUAAGACCACAGUAUUUCAAGAUCAUAGAAGAAUGUGUUUCCCAAAUAGUGUUGCACCGCAGUGGCAUGGAUCCUGAUUUUACAUACCGGAAACGAUUAGAUAUAAACUUCGAAUAUCUUGUUGAUACAUGUGUUGACAAAGCAAGAGUCGAUGACUGCGAACAAAGGCUUUCAGAACUCAGUAGAAAGUUUGAUGAAGAAUUUACAGCCCGGCAAGAAGCACAGGCCCAAAUACAGAAGAGAGAACAAAAAAUCAAUGAGCUUGAAGUGGAGUUGCAAAGUCUCAAAGCGCAGUUUUCAGCAUUACCACCUAAUGUAAGGGCCACCGUGGCUGGCGUACAAAGUGGAGUCACAUCCGGUAGUUCUGCAUUUUCAAGUCCUGGCAGAGUGCCACCACUGCCACCUCCUACAUCUGGGCCUCUUCCUCCUCCUCCUCCUCCUCCUCCUCCUCCACCACCACCACCACCACCACCAGCAACAGGGAUUAAGGGAGGACAUUGGUCUCCGCCUCCUUCUACACUACCAUAUGGAUUGAAACCGAAGAAAGAGUUUAAACCAGAUCUCAACAUGAAGAGAGUCAACUGGUGUAAGAUUAGACCACUUGAAAUGCCUGAGAACUGCUUCUGGAUAAAAGCAAAUGAAGAGAAAUAUGAAAGCUCUGACCUGUUCACUCGAAUUAGUUUUAUCUUUGGUGCACAAAAACGAGGUAACAACAAUGAAGAAUAUGAAGAAAGAAAAGAUAUCAAGAGGAAAGUUAAAGAACUUAAAGUCCUCGACCCAAAGACUGCGCAGAACCUCUCUAUUUUUCUUGGAUCUUUUCGGAUGCCUUAUGAGGAAAUAAAAAGAAUUAUAUUGGAAGUGGAUGAAGAACAAUUGAACGAGUCCAUAAUCCAGAACUUGGUAAGCCAUCUACCAGAACAAGAGCAAGUAUCUUCCUUGGCACGUUUCAAGAAUGAUUACAAUAGCUUGUCAGAACCAGAGCAAUUUGGAGUUGUGAUCAGCAGUGUUAAAAAUCUUCGUCCACGGCUGAAUGCUGUUCUGUUUAAGCUUCAGUUUGAGGAACAGGUGAAUAAUAUCAGACCUGACAUUAUGGCUGUUGCAACUGCAUGUGAGGAGUUAAAGAAGAGUAAAAGAUUUGGAAACCUGCUGGAGCUGGUGUUACUAAUUGGAAACUACAUGAAUGCUGGUUCUCGAAAUGCUCAAACAUUUGGCUUUAACAUCAACUUCCUAUGCAAACUGAAAGAUACCAAAUCAGCAGAUCAAAAGACCACAUUUUUACAUUUCCUGGCACAAAUUUGUGAGGAGAAAUAUCCAGAUCUUUUGAAGUUUCCAGAUGAACUGCAAAAUGUGGACAAAGCAAGUAAAGUAUGUGCAGAAAACAUGGAAAAGAACCUUAAGCAGAUAGAAAAGCAGCUGCAACAGCUUGAAAAGGAUUUGGAAACUUUUCCACCACCAGAGGACCUGCAUGACAAGUUUGUGACAAAGAUGUCCAGAUUUGCCCAUCAUGCCCAGGAAGAGCACCAUAAACUGGCCAUCAUGCACAGAAACAUGGAGAAGCUUUACCAUGAUUUGAUGCAUUAUUUUGUUAUCAAUCCAAAGAAAGUCACAGCUGAGGAGCUUUUUAACGAUAUAAGUAACUUCCGAACCAUGUUCAUGCAAGCUGUCAGGGAAAACACAAAGCGGAGAGAGGCAGAGGAGAAACAGAGACAUGCCAAAUUAGCCAAAGAAAAGAUUGAGAAAGAGAAAAGAGAAAGGCAACAAAAGAAAAGACUUCUCCUGGAGAAGAAUUCAGAGGGUGAUGAGACAGGCGUGAUUGAUAGCCUGCUAGAGGCCCUGCAGUCAGGUGCAGCAUUCAGAGACAGAAGGAAACGGACAGCAAGGCCUAAAGAUACUGAAAAAACUACAAGUCCAAGUUCACAAUGGCCUGUUUUGAAGCCUUGGAACCAGGAAAAUCAAAAGGCUCAACUGGAAAGGUCACAUUCUGGUCAGAAUAUCCACUUGAACACAGCUAGAAUUCCAAUUACCAAGGAGUCCAGUUCUGAAACAGAGGCAUAUUCACCUACCACAAGCAGUAAAGCUGUCAGGAAACGGGAGGGGCGUGUUGUUUUAGACCCAAAGAAGAAGGAGAUGGGAACUGUUAUUUCUAGCACUAAGAAUAAUGCUGUUCCUGAAGUAGAAGCACUACUGGCUAGGUUACGUGCUCUAUAAAGUUCACAUUGAGAUCCGUGACUUAAAAGCUGCAGAAGGUGAACCUAUAACAACAAAAUAUGAGGUUAAGGUAUGGAGUCUAUUUUUCGGUCCUGGUGAAGCAAAGCAGCAGGAAUUCUGUAUCUGCUUUGUGUGCUUGCAUUUAUGUGCCCAGUUUCUAUAGGGAGUCUGUUUAUCCAAAUUGACUUCCUUCUUCCUUGCUGUUUGCACAAUACCUUAUCCCUAAAUCAGGUUAUGUAUGCAUCAGAUGUUUUCAAUUCACAAAUGACACAUGCAGUGCAUUUGCAGGAAGUCAGCAGGGUUUCAAAUCAGACCAUUUGUACGCGCACUACUCUGAUGUAUCUUAUUUUUAAUCACCUUUAUAUCUGCAUUACAAAGAAAAUAUCAGUUCAGUUGCAACAAUGAAUGCUUUACUAAUGCAUUUUGAUUCAUAAUAUAUGCAAGUUAAAUAUAAAACUAAUUUGGUGUUUGCCAUGUGAAUUGGGUUUAUUUUUGUUAAUACUUGCCACCAUCUUGAUUUAUAAAGGAAUAUAAUUUGUGUCUUUUGCAGGACUGACACAAACAUUUACCAACAAACAUGUAGUACAAAGUAUACCUUACUUUAUUACUGACGUAUCACAGUAAUAAUUCUACUGCAGUAGAAUAUAUGCUUACCAAGUAUUGCACAGUAGAUGAUUGCUUAUGCAUCAAAGAAUAUCAUUAUCUGCUUUUGUAGACCAAAAGUUUUUUUAGUUUUUCUAGUUAUGCCUAAAAUAUUUUCAAAUGUACAAAAAUAUAUAUAUUCUGUCUAUUAAUUGUUAUAUUCACUGAUUGUUAGAGCAGAGAUUUAUUUUGGUUAUCUUUACAAUGCUUUUAUCCUCUGCAUGAUCUAUUCAGAAAGAGUGAAAGAUAUGGACACUUUGGUAUCAAUUAUAAUUGUAUAUGUAAUAUUUACAAGAUAAUUUCCAGAGCAUUUUCUUCUGCGUAUUAUUUCUAAAUAUGCAGCCUGAAUUCCAAUUAUUUUCUUUCUCAUUUGUCUCACAUUCUAGUUUUCAGUUUGCAUUCUAGCAACCAAGUCUCCAGAAUCAGACGCCAGGAUUACCAAGGGUCCCAUUUGAAUUUCACCUUGCUUCCUUAAUGGGUCAUCCUUUGUGAGGUUGUAACACAAGUGUAUUGUUCUUCAUUGGAAGCAGUUUGCCCAUGCCUUUCUAUCCUGACAAUUCACAUUAAUUUGACCACUAUCCACUUUUCAUUGUUGGUGCUGAUGGGACAAGAACUCUGUAUAUGCUAUACCAUUUAAUCAAUGAUCAAGGAUUGUAUAGCUGAAUGUUAUAAAAGUCCUUUUUGGCUUUUGCUUCUGAGUACUUGGUAUAUUAGAACAAAUAUGGGACCACAUGUUAAUUCUGGUAUGUAAUUCCAUCUGGUCAUUUGUUAUUUUACAUGUAAAUAUAGUCCCAGCAAAUCAAUUAAAAACUUAAAUCUAUUAAAAAGUGUUAGUGUGUUACCUAGGAAAUUAUGCAAUUCUUUCUGUAAUUACUUUGAAAAGGAAAUUUAAUAUUUGCAAAUUAUCUCGACCUUCCAUGCGAUAUAUCCAUGAAUGUAUUAGAAUGGUUCCAUGUAUGACAUUUGUGUCUGUGUCAUUGUAGAACGAACAUAUUUACAGGUAUAAAGUUGUGACUUCAUAUUAUUGUAUACCUGAUGCUCCAAUUUCCUGUAUUUCAAUUGCCAAAAGCAGUGGUUAGCAAAUAACUCACUGGAAUAAGGGACGAGGCAUAUUUUGUUGGGUUGAAAUAUUUCUAUAAUAAAAAUGUCACUUAUA